AUGUGGAUUCAAUAUGCAUCAUGGGCACUGCUCCUUUUCACUGUAGGAGUGUCAGCUCUGCCUGACGCGCGUCUAGUGGUAAAAAGAGAUACCAAAUGCAAUGGAUAUUCAGAGUUCUGCAACCGCAAGUAUUCGAAUAUCACAUACAUGGGCACGCAUGACUCGUUUGCAAUCGGCAAGCUGGGUUCAUUAGGGUCGAACCAAGCGGCGAGCUUGACAGACCAAAUGGAAGAUGGGAUCCGACUACUUCAAGUACAAACGCAUAAGAGCGAUAACUCUGACAGUUCGAAUCCAUCGGGACUGAAUCUGUGUCACACCUCCUGUACUCUCAAGAACGGGGGGACACUUGAAUCCUACUUGAAGAAAGUGGGUAAAUUUUUGAACAAUAACAAAAACGAAGUGAUCACGCUGGUCAUGACGAAUCCUGAUAAGAGGCCUGUGACCGACUUUGCCAAAGCGUUUGAAAAUGCGAAUGUAAAGGAUUUAACGUACAAGCCGAACUCUCAAAAGAUUUCGAAGAAAGACUGGCCGACCUUGCAGCAGAUGAUUAACAAGAACCAGCGCCUGGUCGUUUUUCUCGAUGAUAAGGCUGAUUUUGAUCAGGUCAACUACAUCUUACCGGAAUUCAGAAACAUUUGGGAAAACGAUUUUGAUCAAACAACGUCGAAGUUUAACUGUACGCCGAGUCGCUACGUUGGUGAUACAAGCACAAUGAUGUACAUGAUCAACCACUUCCUCGACAAGACAAUCUUCACCGACAAGAUCACGUCGCCUGACACUAACAAAAUCGAUCAGACUAACUCGGUGAAAUCCAUCCUAGGUGACGCAAACAAUUGUGCAAAAAGGCACGACAGCUACCCUACGUUUGUGCUGGUAGACUAUUAUUCAUCGGGAAAUGGCAGUGUUUUUGAAGCAGCUGCGCAAAUAAACAAUGUCGAUUACAAGAAUAAGCCCCUGGCUGCGAGCAAGGACGAGUCCAACAAUAAUUCAGCUGCCAUGGCUUUUCCUGACGCCAAUUGGCUGGGUAUCGCACUAGUCUUCGUAUCAACCAUUACCUGGCUAUCUUGA